AGCUGUGUGGUUUUUAUACUGCAUCAAAUCCGAUCUAUCACAAACUUAAUUUCAUUAUAAUUGUAGUUCUAAAGAAAAGAAUUGAAAUGAACUCCUGAUGAGGUCCACUGAACCCCAAAGUCUGUUAAUGUCAGUACAGAGAGGGUUUAAAUGGGAUUUAACCAGAUAUGAUAUGAUGGUGUAACUGUUUACACCAAAGCAUCAUCCAGUCAUCAUUUCACUGUUAACCCUGUUUCCUCUGUAACUGAGUGAGGGUUUUGUGGUUGUUUGCACAGCUGCCGCAUUUUCACUGAUGGACCUUGUGAGGUAAAGGGAGGUCACAGUGAGGCUCAGGUGCUUCUAGAACCAGACCUUCUGCAGGGCAUCAUGAAGGUCCUGCGCCGGUCUUCUGUUUUUGCUGCUGAGGUUCUGGACGUGUUUGAUCGCUCCCUGACCGAGAAGGAGUUGGUGUCCCAGUCCAAGGCGCUGUGCAGAGACUACAUCCUGUCCCGACUCAAUCAGAACAGCCUGACGUGGUCCAAAACUGAACUCAAACUGACACCCUCAAGCGCAGCGCUCGCUGACGUGUCUUCGGUGCUUCUCUGUCUCGGUGAUGAGCUGGAGUCUAUGCAGCCGGCGUUGUACAAGAACGUGGCUCGGCAGCUCAACAUUUCGGUUGCUGUGGAGAACUUGGUUUCAGAUGCCUUCAUUGGUGUAGCCACAGAGAUCUUCUCAGCGGUUUUUUUUCUCCUUGCUGCAGGUAUAACGUGGGGAAAGGUGGUUUCCAUGUAUGCAGUAGCUGGAGCCCUCGCUGUGGACUGUGUCAGAAAAGGCCAUCUGGUCACAGUGUACAUCUUGGUGGACAGUCUGGGUCAAUUUGUCCGCAAAUUCCUGGUUCCCUGGCUGAAGAGACGAGGAGGUUGGGUGGACAUCACUAAAUGUGUGGUGAAGAAGAAUCUCACCCCAGAAAAAAACUGGCUGUCCUCCAUCUUGGAGUCUCUGAAGUACUUCCUCAUGGCGGUGUACGUCUACAUCAUGAAGGAACAGUGAACACACAACAGCGUCUUUGACAGAAGAAUUAAAUGGGGUGGAGGCGGUCGCCUUGGUUGACGUGCCUCCGCCAAAUCAGCUGCUGCUGAAUGGCUGUCAGCAAAUGUCAUCAGCAUCAGAUUGGUAUCUUGAUGGUAACCCGGUGAUUGUGCUUCAUCAAAACAUCAAUCACAGCCCUGCAGGUUUUCCAUCCGGAGCUGGUCCACUCACACCUGACAGGUCAAUAAGCGCCACAUGUUGAUGCUUCCCCGCUGUUGACUGAAUGUGCUUAUUUUGGUUAAUCAGGUGUGUGUAAAGCUCAUGACUGAUAUUAAAGUAGGUAAUGAGGUUUUCAUUUCACCCGUUUACCGCGGGCGUUAGGAAGCUGUCGGGUUUCCUGGUAUUUUCUUUGGGAAAUGCAUGCUUGCAGUGUAAACGUGUCCGCUCAGCUGGCUGAGUUUCAGUAUUUGUUUCAAUGCAGCCUUUGAGUUCACUGUCCACACAUCUGUCUGAAACGGCUCCUGGAUUUUGACGCUUUACAACCCGGAGUGAACGUGAACAAUAAUGACGUCUCUGGAUUUAGUGCUGUACAAUACAAAGAACAUUGCCUUUUUCCCCCCAUCAUGACCUGAAAUAUUUGGUUGUGUGCUCAGAUUUUUAAACAGAGCCAUUGCAGUACAUGGAGUCCUUCAGAAUGACUGUGCAGUUUGCUGCUUGUUACUGUUAAUUUAUAAGUGUCUGAAUAUUUCAAACGCCACAAUAAAAUUAAUAUUCACUCA